AUGCUUUGGAGUGACCUGAUCUGCGGAGUUUUGUUCCUCUGUCAGGCUGGUGUUGGAAUCCUGGGGAACUCAGUGUUGCUUAUGGUCUAUGUCAAUGUCUUUCUGUAUCAGUCCCAUAAGAAGAAGCCUACAGACCUGAUUGUCACCCUCCUAACUCUAGUCAAUGUAACGGCAGCUGUGACUCGUGGGGUCCCAAUGGCGAUGGUAUCUCUUGGCAUGAGGAUCAAUGUGGAUGAGGUUGGAUGCACAGUGUUAUUUUUCACUUACAGAAUGUCCCGGGGCCUUUCCAUCUGCAUCACAUGUCUCCUGAGCAUGUUCCAGGCUGUCACCAUCAGUCCCAGCACCUCCCGAUGGGCCCAACUCAAACCAAGAGCCCCCAAGUACAUUCUCCCCUCCUUCCUCUUCUUCUGCAUCCUCAACUUGUUGAUGUAUUUGGGAAUUAUCUCAUCCACUCAAGCCACCAGAAAUGUCAGUGACUCAAAAUAUACUUUUAUUUCAAAACACUGUUCUAUGUUACCUAGUGGUAGUUAUGUACUAAUGCUUGUGUGUUACAAUGCCAUUACUCUCCGCGAUUUCCUCUUUGUGGGUCUCAUGAGCUGGGCCAGUGGCUAUAUGGUGAUCGUGCUCUACCGACACCACAAACAAGUCCAGCACAUCCACAGCACCAUCAUCUCCUCCACAGCCUCCCCAGAGAUCCAAGCCACCCACACCAUCCUACUCCUGGUCAGCUGCUUUGUUUGUUUUUAUUUGUUGAAUGGCACCAUCGUCUUCUACUUUGGUGUGACGAGAGGGUAUGAUGCCCAUCUGCAGAACAUCUUAGCCUUUGUUUCUGCUUGUUACCCUUCCUUCUGCCCCUUGGUGUUGAUCAGCAAAGAUUCCAGAGUGCCUAAAUCCCACUCCUUCCUCAGGAAGUUGAGUAACUCCUCUCCCACCCAACCCACUUCUUGCCACCCAACUCAAUGA